GACCAGCAACGAAUUCUAAGACGUUGGAGUAGGAGUGCCAUCACUCUUCAUGCCGGGAAGGGUUUCAUUGGAGUGGCAGUUGAGGUUUCAGUUUUAGAUGUCGAAGACGUACAAGUUGAUGAGGAUGUGGAAGUCGAG